UAAUAUGCCCGAAUAGUUAUUUGGUGUUGGUUGAACUACCGCGAGGUAUGGAUGCGCAAAUUCGACAGUCGCCGUUUGUCACUUUUCCUCCGCCGCGUCAGGCGCGGUGGACCUAAGAAUAUAUAUCGUCUCUCCCUUCUCCUCCACUGCCGCUGGAUGAGUAUACUUCCCCUACGCUCUUUUUCUAGAUGCGUAUAGUUCGAUCGCAGGCCGCAAGUGGCGUCAUGAUCGAAUUCGCCACGCAUUUUUAACACGGCAUCGGCAAUCUCUCCUCUAAUCUCUGACACUACACUUUAUUGCGGACGGUCUAUCGAAAGUAACCGUUAGCGAUUAGCAGUUCCUCGUAUCUGAGCAGCGACGAGCGAGCAGUUCACCGAAUCGGAGCAGCGACGAGCAGUUCGCAAAAUCGGAGCAGCGCCACGCACGUCGAUUCCGCAAGACGCGAGUCGAGUCAAGCCAGUCGAGUGUGCCAGGUGCGCGGAAACUCAUCGGCAACAUAACCUACCUCAACUACGUAUCGCACUGACUAGACCUGUUGAUCGUCAACUGUGGAACAGAAAACACCGGAAAUUCGCAUACUUACAAGUUUUGGCCGCUGUUCAAGUGUUUAUCAAGUUUUUAUUUAUGGAUUAUGCGACAGAACAAUUACUAAUUUCGGAGAUACAAGCAAACAACAUUUUAUGGAACAAAACUGACUCGCAGUACAAAAACGGUCGCCAAAAGGGGAAAAUUUGGGACAGUAUAGCAGAAAAGCUACGAUAUAAGAAAGAAACUUUGAAGAACAAAUGGCUUUCUUUGAAAAACAAAUAUUUUCAUGAAAAAAACUUAGAAUCUAUGUGCAGAUCUGGGGAUAGUGCUGAUGAUUCCUAUACUUCUAACUGGCCACAUUAUCAGUUUCUGUCAGAUUCAACAGCUGAUCUUGAUCCUCGUUCAAAUUUAGACAAAUUGUUUGACCCUAACUUUGACGUUUCUGAGGACGAUUUUCAAGGGACUGCACCUGCUUACAAGGCAAAGUCAAAGCCAAAGAAAGCAUUGAAGCCAAAAUUUUGUAGUACAAAGAAGAAUCAAGAAAUGGAAAAGGGAAAUCCGCAGAUCAUAGACAAAACCAGAAGGGAUUCUCUGGUUGAAAGUAGCCAGAACGUUCGAAAUGUCUUGGACAAUUAUCUUUCUGAUAUGUCAGACGAUGAUAUCUUAUUUUUCAAGACUCUCGCUAGCUACGUUAAAAAGAUUAGUCGAGAACGUAUUUUAAAGUUUCGUAAUGAAGUGAAUAAUAUAGUAGACAAAUAUGCCUAUGAAGAUAAAUCAAAAGGAGGAAGACAGAUUUAUGAUUCUGAUAAUGAUGAUGAUUGUAUAAUUAUGAGCGAUAGUACGACAAAGAAAAUCAAUGUUCAAGGCAUUCACAAUAUUGCAAUAAAGAAGGAAAAGCACGUUGAACCCAUUAACUGUGGUACGAUUAAGAGGGAACCAGAUUUUCAACCUAAUCCCUGUUUUAUGACUGACAAAGAAAAUUACUCUGAACCUAAUCGAUGUGGCACAAUAAAGCAGGAAAAGGAUGUUCCACCAUUUGAGUAUGGAAUUAACCAGCAAGGAUAUGGUCCUCCAUUAUUUGGUUAUAAUCAAAACCAAUCCAUGCAACAACACAUACCAGGUCAACGCUACUGGGACAUGAUGAAAUAUUAUCAGUCACAGCAGCAUCCUUUCUUGUUGCCGGUGCCAUAUGUGGAAGAUCGACCAUGAUACCCACAAUAUUUCAAUAGUAUCCCAUCAGUACAAAAUUUUGAGCAACGAGCACCAGAAGUUAGUAGCUUUUCAGUCACACGUUCUACUGUACAAGGAGCAGGAGGAUAUAAUCCACCAGCAUACGUGCCCAGUAGAAACUGGGAUCUACCGUAUGCCCAAGGAGCACCAGAAGGCAGCUCAGCCCAGCUGAACGACCAUCGAGCUCCAGCUCGUACAUACAGCAGAGCUUCAGCCCUACCGUAUGCACAAGAAAGAGCAAGUGAUAGUGUUCCUGUACAUGAUGUAGAAGCAGCAGUACCGAAUGCGCCAGAAGCCAUAGUAGAAGAAAAAAGUAGCACAUAAGUUGUCCAGGAUCAUGGGGGACAUCUUUUUGUGCAAUUAGUUUUGACCUUGAACUCAAAUUUCAAGGUCAUUUGAAGGUCAAAUUUUUUUAAAAAUAGGAACCCCUAUUUUUGAUAGCAGAUUCGGAAAGAACAGGAAAUUUUACGUCCGAAACGGUAUUUCAAAAUUUUUUUCAUGACCUUCACAAGGUCAUUUCAAGGUCAAAUGUUAAGAAAUACUGUAAUUGCUAUUUAAUCGCAUUUUCUGAUAGAAUAAUCGUAGUUAAUGUACUUUUAUGAUGAAUAUUCAAACCCAAUGUGACAAUGACCAUGAAAAUAUUUACCUUGAAAACAAAAUAAUUCCCUAAUUUCAGCGCUACCCAGGAACAACGACGUGUACGUAUUAGGAUUAUGUUCCCUUUGGGGUGCUUUUUUAACGUGAGUCCCCUUGCCUCUCACUGGGGUGCUUGUUUACUGUGAGUCCCCUUGCCUCUCACUAGGAUGCUUGUUUAACAUUCGUUAACAAAUUUUUAGUGGUCAAAAGUAAAUUUUGAAGUAAACAUGAUAAUUUUCAAUAUCUGAGUUCUUAAUGGGAGGGGAAAUGGAACGUUAAAAAUCAAUGUUGUCAAUUCAUUCACGGUCGAAGCAGAGUCAAGUAAAAGUUUAACGUUUCAAAAGUGUAAAAAAUGGUUAAACAAUAAAGGUAGGAUGUUAAAAAAUACAUUAUUUAAGAUAAAAUAUUAAACAGCAUUUUGCUUUUGUAAUAUUAAAAAAAAAUUUUAAUAAUUGUAUUUGCCAAAGUGCAUCACUUCCAGUUUAGAUGUUUUUUUUUAAGUUGAAUUUCUUUAAUCUAAUAUGAAUUGUAACGAUUGUUCUCACGCUGUCUUCAAUUUAAAUCACAAUGUCUUAACGUAAGAAAAUAAGAAGUUACAAAUUUGAUUUAAAAAUUAUACAGUUUGAUAAUUCCUCCUUUUUUUGUUGUCACUUUCUUAUUUUGGUUUAGUUUCAAUUUCAAUAAAGAGUGAAUGUAAAUAAAA